AUGACUACUACUAGUGGUCCCGCUACAACUCCUUCAUUGCUUGUCAAGGUCCGAAGUGAUAUGAAGGCUGCCAUGAAAGCGAAAGACAGCUCUCGACUAGACGUCCUUCGAGGUCUAAUAUCAGAUAUCACGAAUGCUGCCAAGACAUCAGCACCAGUUACUACAGAUGCCCAAAUGCUAAAGAUAUUACGAAAACGCGUUAAGAGCUCCGAAGCUGCUGUAGAGGAGUUCCAAAGUGCGAAGCGGGAUGACCUCAAAGAGCGAGAGGUUGCGCAGAUCGCGGUACUAGAGGCGUACAUCGGUGAUAAUGAUUCAAUGGGAGAAGACGAUAUCAUAAGAGCCAUACAGGAUGUCAUUGGCAGACUGAGAUCGGAGGAGAAGACUGUGAAUCAGGGAAGUGUCAUGAAAUCCAUGGUGGGACCUGGUGGUACCUUAGAGAACCAAACGGUCGACAAGCAGGUUGUCGCAAAACUGGUCAAGGGUGAGUUACAUUCUCCGAGCUGUUUCUUCCAGAUUUGCUCUGCACAGCAUGUUAUGAAAAAUUUCAAAAGUGAUUUAGGUCUUACAGAACUGCACUCUAUGAUCGCUGAAAUCCAGAUCACUUUGUCACCAUUACGGGGAGACGUCAGAGAGAGCUCUAAGAUUCAGAGUCCGGCCUAUAUCAACAGAUUGCAUGAGGGUGACGAAGUGAAAACCAACGUCUCCAGCAGUGUGCUCUUAGAGUAG